UUCACUUUCAAAUGGUGAAAGGAGGCAGAGCUCGGUGGAUUCUUCUGUCUGGGGGUGCCCAGUGCCCCAGGUCUCUGUUUUGAGACAGACCCCUGCAACCUGUGCCAGGUUCGGCUUCUCUACUCUCCUGGGAACCACCUGCCUCUCAGACAAGAGGAACAUGUGGCACCAGUGUUGGAUCUGGAAGCAGGGUUUAGGGCUCAAGCAGUGAACUGCAGGUGCAAACUCUGAGAGUAGAUUUGGGGUCUGCUCUGAUCUCACAGUACUGAAUUAGAGAUGCUCCGGAAGUUCCAGGUUUUCAAGCAGCUCUGAGGAAAUGGAGGAUCGCUGUAGGGGCUCUUUGCUCUCCCAUCUCCCCUCCCUGCUUCUCCUCUUCCAGUUGUCCUUUGCGGGGUCUCCAGAGGAGUUCGUGGUGAUUGGCCCCUCAGACCCCAUUGUGGCCAUGCUGGGUGGGGACGUCAUGCUGCCGUGUCAUUUGUCCCCAGCCAUGGAUAUGGAGAACAUGGAGCUACGGUGGUUCCGCUCUAAGUUCUCAGAAGCAGCGUUCAUCUAUCAAAACCAGCAGGAGCAGAGAGAGGAGCAAUUGGCCCAGUACGCAGGGCGGACCUCACUGGUAAAAGACUUCCUCACUCAGGGGGAGGCUGCCAUGCGUAUCCACAAGGUCCAGGCUUUUGACAAUGGACUAUAUACCUGCUUAUUCAGGAAAGGAACCUUCUAUGAAGAGGCCAAUUUGGAGCUGAUGGUGGCAGGUGUGGGUUCUGCUCCUCAAGUGCACAUCCAAGGGCCAGAGGAGGAUGGAAUCCGAGUGAUGUGCAUGGCCUCAGGGUGGUUCCCAAAACCCCAGGUGCAGUGGCGAGCCCUCAGUGGGGAGAAGUUCCUGACGUUCUCUGAGACUUAUGCCCAAGAUGCUGAAGGACUGUACAGUGUGGAGGCUGCUCUGGUGGUGAGGGACAGCUCCUCAGGGAACGUGACCUGCUCGGUCCUCAACCCCAUCCUGGGCCAGGAGAAGGUGAUGGCCAUUUUCAUUCCAGAGCCCUUCUUCCCCCAGACUUCUCCCUGGAAGCCAGCUUUCAUGGUGACCCUGACCGUGCUGACACUCCUAAUCUUUGGGGCUGCCUACUACACUAAGAGAGAACAUACUGCAAAGCAGCAGGAGAGGCAGGAAUGGGAGAAACUGCACAGGGACAAGGAGGAGGACCAGCAGACAAAGGAGAAGGUGCUGAAGGACAGAGAUGAAUUCCAAGCAGAUAUUGGUGAGAACUUUCUAUGUCCCUUUUGUAGGAGACGUUCUGUGUUCUCAGCUGACUUGCUUCCUGUGUUGCCUUUCAGACUGGAGGAAAUCUGUUUACCUGUCUGGUAAGUAACUGUCCAGAUGUCCUUGGGUCACCUGUCACCUAAGCCAAGGUGUCCCCUCUCCUUGUUUCAGGCACAGACAUGUGGACCCUUCCCUGGGGCAGAAGUGGAAGCUGGUGGGAGGCAGAACCUGCUCCAUGGGCUUUCCUCAUCUGGGCCUCUGCUUCCCACCCAGUGCUAGGGAACCUGGGGGUGAAGGUGCUUCUUGGAGUCUGUUGUGUAUCUUGUGUUUAUCCCAAUGCUGAUCUUCCUGUCACAUUGCUAGCUGAUUAGCCUUCAAUGCAAGGAGUUCUCAGCACCUGGGAGCCACAAGACAAUUGUACUUAUGUUGAAAUCUUGGUAUUUUAUUUCACCAUUUUACUCUUUGUUUCUUUAUUAUCCUUUUCUGCAUUUUGUUUUGAUUAAAUAUUUUUAAUUAUUCCGUUUUCUCCUCUGUUAGCUUUAGUGAUAUCUGGAUCAUGUUUCUCUAUUAUUAAUAGUACUUUUAUUAUUUGUUUACUGACUACUCUUGAGAUUCAGCUUUCUUUCUUUCUUUUUGGUUAUUUUUAAUGAUUGUACCUUUCUCCUCUGCUGACUUU